CGCGGUACCUUUCCUUGCAAUGAACCAUUUCAGGACCAAGUUACUGUGUCCCAGUUUCCUGCUCGCUGCUCAGCCAGAGGGUUUGGACCGAGGCUGAGGUUGGACAGCCUCACCCAGGAUGGAGAGCCCGACUCUCACACGCUCUCAGCUCCACAGCUUCUCCCGGCUACUUUGCUGAUUCAGAGCAGAAGGAAGAAUUGGUCCUCACAAGCCACAAAUGUGACCUGGGGGGGACAGUGUUCGUGUAGGUGGGUAGAGGCUUCAGGGAGGAGGUGAGUCAGGUCAGGUGGAGGAGCAGCUUUAGGGUGUCCAAGGGGCACCUGUUGGCUGCGUUGACCCCCUAGUCGGGGGGUGAGGAAAGGCUGGCUGGAACGUGCCCUGCCGCAAGCCGGGCAAGGAUGAGGCGCUUCCUGAGCAGAAAGGGCCGCUUCUCCCUGCGCCAGAGCAAGUCUGGGACCCGGAGCGCCGCCAAAGAUUUCUACCUUGGUCUCCCUGCCACCAACCAGAACUGGCCAGAGGCCUUUGGCUUCAGACUUGGAGGCACUGGGCCCAGCUACAUCCUGUCUGUAGUGGAAGGCAGUAGUGCCUUCCUUGCCGGCUUGCAGCCAGGUGACCAGGUGGUGGACAUUGAAGGCCAGGAUGUGACCAACCUCAGCACACCAGCUCUGAUUGCUCUGGCUCAGACCCUCAAGACUGUACCCCCCAGUAUUGGCGUUGUGUCACGGAUCGAACAGAUUGACAUCACUCCAGGCCCAGAUGGCCGUUUUGGCUUCACCAUCGUGGGGGACAGCCCUCUGAUGGUUGAGGAGAGCAUGCCUGGUGGUCCGGCUGCACGCAGUGGCCUCAAAGUCAACGAUUACGUCAUGGAGGUCAAUGGCAUCCCGGUGAAGCAUCAUGAAACGGCAGCAGCCAUGAUCAAGGCGGCGCAGGGCCGACCCCUCCGACUGGGAGUGCUCAGCAUGGCCCGCCGGCCCAAGCGGCUGAGCAGCAGCAUGCGGGUUCUGUCACAGAGCGGAGACAGCAUCAGGGAGAGUCGAGCUCACAAGGCUAUGGAGUUCAAUAAAAAGGUGGAGGAGGUUCUUUCGGAGGAGCCCGAUGUGAAGGAGCAGCUGUUUGAGGUGCUCAAGCAGUACGCCUCUGACAGGGAUGUGGAGGUUCUGGCUGAAGCCUUGCCUGACAUUUUGAUCACAGAAGACCAUCAGCAGCUGAUCGACAGCGUCAGGAUCUUCAUUCCCAAAAAGCACCGGGAGCGUUUCGACGAGGUGGUCUCCCAGAGCCUGAUGAGCAGGCUGAAGGGCCGCAGCUUCAGUGAUCCCAGCCGCAGCCACCUCCGCCGCAGCCGGAGUGAGGACCACCCUGAGCGUCUCCUCGUCUCCACCCGCGCCAGCUCAGUGCCACGCACCCAUGCAGAAGAAGGUGUGAUCCCCCCUGCCAGAGGCAUGCGCAAGACCACCUCCCUCAUAGCUGGCCACUCGGGUGGCACCACCACCAACUGCAGGACAGUCAGAGUUUGUAAGGGCAACAUGAGUUUUGGCUUCACCCUGAGAGGCCACGCUCCAGUGUGGAUUGACUCUGUGAUCCCCGAAAGUCCUGCAGACAAGGCCGGUUUGAAACCAGGAGAUCGGAUCCUGUUUCUGAAUGGGCUGGACAUGAGGACCUCUUCUCAUGAAAAAGUUGUGUCCAUGCUUCAAGGAAGUGGGGCUAUGCCCACCCUGGUUGUGGAGGAAGGUCCUCCUACUUUUCCUCUUGCUGAGCAGGACCUCGCAGUAGGAUGCGUUCCCACUGAGCGUGCGCGCUCUCCAGUGCUCAGUUCCCUGCAGUGGGUGGCUGACAUCCUGCCUCCCAGCAUCAGGGUUCAGGGACGUACCUUUGGACAACAGCUGGAACAUCUACUGACCAUCCAGGAACGGUAUACCAUCUGCAAGGCCUUGGAGAACUUCUUCCAACACAGGAACGUUGACACGCUGAUUGUGGAUGUGUUCCCGGUGCUCGAUACUCCAGCCAAACAGGUGAUCUGGCAGUUUGUUUACCAGCUGCUGACCUAUGAAGAGCAAGAACACUGCCAGAACAAAAUUUCACGAUUUCUUGGAUACAAAGCACCAGUUCCACCACCUCCUCCUCCUCCCCCUCCUCCUCCGGAGCCCGAGUCUGCUGCCCCUGAGCCCCAUCGCCGUAGCAGCUCCAUGAGGGUGACAGGGACCACAUACAGGAGUAGUGUUAGGGGACGUAGCUCUGAUGACCUGGUCAUUGGCACACACUUGGGCAUGGGCGUGCGUGCAGAGCCAGGACAGGACAGUGGUAUGAGGUUGGCCCCCGGAGAGAGACAGUCAGGAGAUGGAACAUCUCUUCCUGAGACUCCCAACAAUCUCACCAAUCUGUCAGCUGUGUAUGCUGAACUGGAAAAUAUGUACUCAGCCAAGAGGUCCAAGUCUUUGAAAAGUCGCCCUCCUCCUGCUCCUGAGAGUUUGCUGGACUUGGAACCUUUAUCCUGCACAGGGUCUCCUACAGGGAAUGCCAACACAGGGGCCCGCAAAGGUUCCUCACCCCAUCCCACGUGGCCAGAUCCUCUACCCAGUCCACCCUCAGGCCAGUUCUACCCACCAGGGUUGACGAGCCAGACCAGUGGGGAGUCUAACCCCUACAUCAGCCUGGACAGUCCCCCUCCCUCACCUCUGGAACCCGACUUUCCGUGCAGCCCACCUGUUCACCGCAACAACAAACGGAGGUACACCUUCUCAAAACCUCCUCGUUCAGAAGACACAGAUCGCUUUCUGGAUGCUCUGAGUGAGCAGCUGGGACAGAGGGUGGCAAUUGUGGAUGACUUCCUGACCCCUGACAAUGACUACGAAGAGGAUGUUGUGCAGAUGGACUUCCCAGAUGAGGAAGAUGAAGAUAAUGAAGACGAGCUUGGUGUGGAUGAGGAAGAAAACGGAGGAUUCGUAGCUCCAGAGUUAAGCAGCCCGAGUGACGUUCAAAGCAGCAGCGGUGAAGAGAAUGCCUCCUCCCUCACAUACUCCUCUUCCUCUGAUCACAUACCUCCUCCCCCUAUGACACCACCUCCACCUCCACCUGUUCAGUUCAAUGACCCGCCUCCUCCACCUCCUCCGGCACCCCCUCAGAGUCAGCCUCAACACCAGCCACAGCAGGAAUCCAUUACCUACACCCCUGAGCACAUGCCGAGGGCAUAUGUGCCAAUCCGUCGGAAAUCUGGCCCCCCUCCACCACCUCCUCCACGAAGCAAUCCACCACCAAAACGCCAUUCCUUGCAUAAAGUCAUACCUACAAGAGAAGAUCUACAUGUUCAAGCUACCUUACAAGAGCUAAAAGCAUACCAGGAGAGACAACAGGCUUUUGAGGAGAGGCAGGCAUAUGAGGAGCAAAAAGCUUAUGAGGAGCAACAGCUUUAUCAGGAACAACAGGCCAUUAAGGAGAAAAUGUUCAAAGACAGACAAGCUUAUGAAGAGCAGAAGGCAUAUGAAGAGCAAAAAGCUUUUGAAGAGCAGCAAAUGUAUGAAGAGCAGCAAGCCUACCAAGAUAGACAAGCCUAUGAGCAGCACCAGGCUUACCAGGAACAAAAAGCACAUGAGCAGCAUCACGCCUACAAAGAACAGAAGGCCCUUAAAGAGCUUCAAGCCUACCAGGAGCAAAAAGCCUAUGAGGAGCGUCGAAUUUACGAGGAGCAUCAAGCAUAUCAAGAGAUGCAGCAGAUUUACCAGAGUCACCAAUCGAUGCCUGCUCAGCCAACACAACAAAAGGCCCAUUCACCUCUUCCUCUCCAACAACCACACCAGUCUUUACCUCCGCUCCCCUCCCAAGAGACCUCCCAUCAACAUGUUAACCACCACCUUUAUAUGAUGCGACAAGUUCAGCAGCAGCAACUGGCCCACCAGGGCCUCCACCACAGACGCUUAUCUCGUUCAGCACCUCCACCACAUCAGCCAUCACCCCAUCCCCCACUCCACCCUGGCCAGCAAGGUCAGUAUGCAGAGGGAAUCUACCAAAGUCAUCAAGGCAUGAGACCCCAACCCCACCAUUCAUCAACAGAAAUACUCCACCAAGGCCCAGCACAUCAUUCCUCCUCUGAGAUGCUCCAUCAGUUGCACCAAUCACAGGCCCACCAUUCGUCUGCAGAGAUGCUCCAACAAAUGCAGCAGGCCCACGCUCUCUACUCAUCAUCAGAAAUGCUCCAUCAAAUGCACAAAGCCAAGGCCCAUCACUCAUCAGCUGAGCUUUUACAUCAGUCUCAGCAAUUGCAGCAAAUGCAGCCUCACCAUUCAUCAACUGAACUUCUCCACCAGAUGCACAGAGGCCAAGCCCAUCAUUCUUCAAGUGAGCUGCUCCAUCAGAUUUAUCAACCCAAGCCCCAUCACUCAUCAACAGAACUUCUCCAUCAAGUCAACCAAAUACAACAACCCAAAGCCCAUCACUCCUCCACAGAACUUCUGCAUGAAAUCCAGCAAGAGCCUGCCUCCCUCCCAGUCCAGUUUACGCGUGAGAGCCAGUCCCAUCAGAGUCGCAGGAGCGUUAAAGGUCAUCAUCAGACAGAUGUGUCAUUGCAGGGAAGACUCAAAGACCAGCAGAUCCAGCAAAUUCACCAACCCCAGCCAACCAAACCUUCUCCGCAAAGACCCCAUUCCAUCCAGCAGACUCACCACCAUUCCAGCACACCUCAGAUCCACCACAUCCACCACAUGACCCCACAGCCUCCUCCUCCCCAGAAUUACCAACACCAGAUUCAAGUCAUCCAUCCUCCUCAACAGCCCCACAGACCUCAGCCACUUCUUUCCACCUUUCAGCCCCUCCAGCCUCACCAGCCCACCCUCUCCACCUUCCAGCCUGUGCCCCAGCUCCACCAGUCACAGCAUCAGGUCCAGUCUGCCACCCAAACUGGUCGUCCGCAGUCACAGCCUUCACAUCAUCUCUUUCAGUCCCAACAACAGCAUCAAGCCCAACCUCAUCACAAGCAAUCUCACAACCAGAGUCAGCCCCAGUCCCUCCCUCACUCCAUAUCUGAUCCCACAGAGAAUUUGGGUCUGCCUCCUCCUCCACCUCUUCCACCACCAUGCUCUCCUCCACCAUUGCCAAGACCCACUCUGUCACGAAUGGACUCGCACCAUAUGAGUGUGAAGAGGCUGCGCUGGGAGCAGGUAGAGAAUUCAGAAGGGACCAUAUGGGGACAGUUGGGGGAAACUUCUGAUUAUGAAAAACUUCACAACAUGGUGAAAUAUUUGGACCUGGAGCUGCACUUUGGGACACAGAAAGGCUCAUUGCCCGCUCCAGAGCCUCUGGCGCACCUGGAAACCUUCAAGAAGAAAGACGUCAUAGAAAUCCUGUCCCACAAGAAGGCUUAUAAUGCCUCCAUCCUGAUAGCCCACUUGAAGCUUUCUCCUGGAGAGCUGCGUCAGGUGCUGAUGAACAUGGCUGCAGACAGACUGGAAGCAGCUCACAUUAAACAACUGCUGCUUUAUGCUCCUGAUGCGGAGGAGGUGAAAAAAUACGAAGCGUACAGAGAAGACCCCAGUAAACUCAGUGAACCAGACCAGUUCAUGUUACAGAUGUUGUCUGUACUAGAGUAUAAGACCCGUCUGCAGAGCCUCCUCUUCAAGUGUUCACUUCAGGAGAAGACAGAGGAGCUGAGGGGAGCAUUUGACUGUAUCAUUAAGGCCUCUAUGGAGCUGAAGACAAGCAAGAAGCUAGCUAAGAUACUAGAGUUUGUGCUGGCGAUGGGGAACUAUUUAAAUAACAGCCAACCUAAAACCAACAAGACCACAGGCUUCAAGAUCAACUUUCUGACAGAGCUGAGCACUACUAAAACUGUUGAUGGGAAGUCAACGUUUCUGCACAUCCUGGUCAAGUCGUUGUGUCAGCACUUUCCGGAAGUGUUGGACUUUUCCAAAGAUCUUAAUAUGGUCCCUCUUGCAGCAAAAGUGAACCAGAGGACUAUUACAUCGGAUGUAAGCGACAUCCACACAACAAUACAGGAUAUCCGCUCAGCUUGUCAGAAGAUGCCUGCGACCACAGAGGAUCGCUUUGCGGUCGUCAUGAGUAACUUCCUGGAAAACAGUCAUCCAGCAAUCCAGUCCCUGGAAUCGCUCCAGCAGAGGGCCAUGGAAGAAUUCAGCAAGACAGCCUCAUACUUUGGUGAAGAUGGCAAAGCUACCACUACAGAGGCUUUCUUUGGCAUAUUUGCAGAGUUUAUGAACAAGUUUGAGAGAGCUCUGAGCGAUCAACAAGUGGCAGAAAUCCCAAAGAGCCCCAGGAGUCCUCGAAUGGCCUCCCCCCAGGCCUGGUAACACACAUUCACAUUUGCAGAUGAGACAGAACAUUGCAGCAGCUGAGACACUUUACACACACGUACAAACCCGAGGUAGGCAUACCAUGCACAAACAUGUGCACACAAGCGAACUGAAAAAGAGAAACUAAAGAUGGACAUUUUCUAUGCUAAACCUAUAAACGUUAGUGUUGUUCAUGUUACAUCCUGAAGAGAGAACAAAAAGGAUUGUGAUCAAGAACCUUGUUCAGUUUUCAAUAUCUGUCUGUACUGUCUGAAAGGUAGAUACUCAGUAAUGUACCUUAGUUUAAGUUUCAUUUCCAUAAUCACCCAUUAGUGAGGUACAAUGACAAUAGAAAAUAGAACAUUUGUAGCAAAUCUUUAAAUAAGAUGUAUUUAUAUAUUUAGUCUUGAAAUAGAUACAAGCUUUAAUCAAAACUUGUUCACUGCACUCUGUGAUUCUGCAGAAAUCACAGAAGCUGUGGAAACUUGUUCUUUACUUUUGUCAGACACCCACCACUUUGAAUGUAACAUAAGCUCUUUACUAAGUGUUUUCUUAAAUAAAUCUCCUCAGAUUAAAGGCUGUUUUACUCGCUUUUGUGUACCUUAACCUCACUGUCUGCAGACGUUUCUUCUUUUGGAUGAUACUUUGGAUGAUUAUUACAACUUUUAUAUAGGAGGUAAUGUCUGCACGGGCUGCAGUGGGCUAUUUGUUUCAUAGAAAAGAAUGUAAUUGUAAUCUGAAUACAGAGAGAAGAUUGCAGAAGUAGAAACCAUGUGAGUCUUAAAUCGGGCGUGUUGCAAUUUCCAAAUGUUUAGCUGUGCUGCACUGUUAGAUAGUGCACUCAUUAAUGUGUAAUAGACAUGUAUAAUGUGGUAUCUGUACAGAAUGAGAGUGUAAAAUAUGUAUAUGCUGCAACUCAGAGCACUGUUGUUUUCUCAUUAUCUCUACAUUUCUUUAAUUUUGUUGUAUUUAACUGGAUAUUAAUGUGUUUCUGGGCCAAGCAUAGUAAUACUCUACUAAAUAAGGACAGUGAUGUUCUUUAGUUUAUAGUGAAACUGAUUUACCUUGAUAUUAAAAAUAACUACAGUAUUUAAACCCAUUGAGCUUUUUCAAAUUUGUCACACUGCUAUCACAAACCUCAUUGGAUCUUAUGUGACAGAGACAGUGCAUCGCUAAAGCAGAGAAAAAAGAAUCAACCAAUUUUUGAAAAAGAUAAAAGAUAUGAAAAGUGCAGCAUUCAGUGGGCUUUAACCACCUUGAGUCAAUAUUAGGGAAUAUUUUUAAAAAAGUUCAAGCCUAGUCAGAUCGGAUGGAGAGUGUCUGUAGAGUACCAUGGAUUCUCAAUGAUUCGGGUAUGGACUUUGACUAGGCCAUCCUAACUCUGGAUGUUGUCACCCAGACCAAUCUAGGAGAUGAACCUGUGAAUCAAAGUUGCUUUCUUUAAUUUCCAGGCAACUCUGACCUGUUUUCCUCUCGCCACACUUUUCAUUAUUUACAUGAAAAAAGCAAGCGUCAUUUUCAUUUCCUUGAACAGUUAUGCACUGCUUUCACUGUGCAUAACUGUUAAGGCAGUUAACAGUUAUGCACAGUAAUAUUUGUCACGUGAAAUUAAAAAAAUAGUUUAUUAAAGUUUGCUGUUGUGACAUGAUAUAAAAGAGAAAAAGUUCAAGAGGGCAAGUAGUAUCUUUGCAAGGCCCUGUACAUAAAUGCAUGCCUUAGUUUUUAUUAUUUGAAGUGCAAUUGUUAAAAAAAAAAAAAUGUUUAAACCACUGUAAGCUAAUGAUAUACUAGUACAUGCUGUUUUUUGUUUGAGUACUAAAAAGCUAUAUUUAAAGCACUGCUCUCCAUUUAUCAUAUAUAAAAUAUUACAUCUGUAUUUUUUAUUGUGGCAAAUAAAUUCAGACAAAUAUAA